GACAAGGCUCCAGCCUUCUGGUUUUUUUUAACAGCAGCCCCCUCCAGUAGGGUUGGGGCAUGGGAGGAGCUUGCUCAAACUCAAAAAAUACUGACAUGCAGCACCUUACGAGGAUGUGCAGCCUAGACAGGACACACUGCAACAUCUAGAAGGACAAGGACAGCUGAAACUCUCUGGUAAGAUGAUCAAGUCCUUCAAGCAAACAUUUCUGUCCCUGGACCUGAAGUCCCCUCGCUGGAGCUCAGCAGAGGCAGUGGCAAAGGACUAUGAACUGCGUCAGUAUGAGACAGCAAAGUGGGUCAGUACAGUCAUUAGGGGAGAAACCCAGAAGGAAGCAAUGCGCCAGGGCUUCUGGAAACUCUUCCACUACAUCCAAGGAAAGAACGAAAAAGAAAUGAAGAUUGAUAUGACUGUGCCAGUGACCUGCCUGGUAAAAUCAGGCUGCACAGACUUCAAGAUCUCUUUCUUUGUGCCAUUUGAACACCAGGACUGCCCCCCACAGCCCACUGACUCCAAUGUGUUCAUUGAGGAAAGGAAGGCAGCACCUCUUUUUGUCCGGUCCUUCGGUGGAUUUGCCACCCCAGAGAAAUAUGCUGAGGAAGCUGACAUCUUGGCCAGAACCUUAAGAAACAGAGGCCAACCAUUCCACGAAGACUUCUUUUACACUGCAGGCUAUGACAGUCCCUUCAAGCUCUUUAACAGGCAUAAUGAAGUGUGGUAUUUUAAAAAGUAACAUGAUGGGAGAAUUUUAAGAGGCUACUAAUCAGCUCUGGAUGAAAACAGACCUUAGUAUUGGCUUUUUGCUCUAGUGCAGAAGAGCAUUAAUUUGAAUGGACACAAUGUCUUUACUUUCUCUAGGACGAAGCACUCUUCUGGCUAAAACCAGUUCAAAAGGCAAUUCAAGACACCAGGUGGACUGAGCAGGAAACAAACUUACUCCUCUUAUUGACUAUCUGAAAAUAAUCUUGUUGAAGUUUAGCUACAUAGCUUUACUCCCUAUUAGACAUGCUACAGGACUAGUUGAAAUGUUAUGGAAAGGGAGUUCUUCCUAACUGACUUUCAUAAAUUGACUUUCCUCAUAUUGACAUCACCCUUGACACCAGGGAUGUAUUUAAAUGAACUUUUAAGAGAAGCAAGUUUCCAUUAAUGAGCAUUAGAAAGCAAUAACAUCUUAGCAGAUGUUUUUUAGUGACUCAAACAGUAACUGUUAUUAAUUAGUAUUAUCAAAAUCUCGCACCUCUCCAACUGAACUUUUUUUCCUCCUGAAGGCCAAAUGUGUUGUUUAAUUCAGAACCCUUGGAAAAGGGUUACCAAGUCCAAGCUGUACACUUGAUCUGAGAAGAUCUGCACCUGAACACAUAAUAGCAGGAUUACUAGUAGACUAUUAUGUUAGUAGCAAAUAAACAAGUUUAGCUCUUCAACACUUGAAA